AGAGGUAGUUUGUUGCAUUGAACAGCGAGUGUGGGUAAUUCGCUUCGACAGGGAGGAAGAAGGAAGCAUUCGAUGAGUGUGGUGAAAGCAGCCAGGUUACUGGAGGCUGCUGUGCAACAGGGUGUCAAGACAGGGUGUGCGUGCCGGGUUCGCAUACUGGCUGAAAGGGUAACAUGGGCGAGACCAGUAUUUGCAAUGUGAAGGCGACCGUGAUGACCUAUGACGACGGGUGCAAGCGCUGGGUGACCGUGGGCUCGGACACGGCCGUCCUCAGCCGCGUCCAGAUCUACCACAACCCAGACGUAAACACCUUCAGGGUGGUGGGCCGCAAGAUGCAGGCCGACCAGGAGGUGGUGAUCAAUUGCGCAAUUACCAAGGAUGUGAAGUACAAUCUGGCCUCUGCAAAUUUCUUCCAACUGCGGGAUUCCCGGCAGUUGUGGGGACUUAACUUUGGCAGUGAGGAAGAGGGCCCACUCUUUUCCGACUCCAUCAAAUAUGCUCUUCAGACUCUGGAGAAUGGUAACAACACAGGUCCAGUUCAGGGCGGUCAGGGGGCGAGGCCAGUCGCCAGCCCUCCCUCUGCUCCUGCAGCUCCUCCCACCCCACCGGCGCCUCCUGCUCCUCCUCCCAAAGAAGUCGCUCCUUCCUCGGCCGGAGCUCCACCACCACCUCCGGGUCCACCUCCACCCCCAGGACCUCCUCCUGCACCUCCUGCACCUCCCCCUCUCGGUGCAGCCCCGUCUGGGCCUAGUCCCAGUGAAGGAGGAGGAGGAGGAGGAGGAGGAGGAGGAGGAGGAGGAGGAGGAGGAGGAGGAGGAGGGUUUAGCGGAGAUGAUUUUGCAAAGGCUCUGGCAGGGGCCAGGCUGCGUAAAGCGCCCAAGAAAGAAGAAGACGCCUCGUCCCCAUCGAAAGAGGCCCCAGCUUCUGGAGGAGGAGGUGGAGGAGGUGGAGGAGGUGGAGGAGGUGGAGGAGGUGGAGGAGGUGGAGGACUCAUGGGAGAGAUGAGUGCCAUACUUGCCAGACGGAGGAAGGUUUCCGAUGUUCCUGCAGUUAAAAAGGAUGAAACAAGAAAUGAGGGCUCAGACUCCCAGCCAUCUAAACCAUCAAAACCAAUUGAUAACUUUGUUAAGCCCCAGGGAAAGGCUACCACCUUGCCUCGGCCUAAACCUUCGCCCGUGAUGCAGAGGGAACCCAGCAUUAGCACAACCAGCCCUGCCUCCCCGUUCUCCCAAGCUAGAAUGAAGAACAUGAAAACAAACCCAGAGAGUCCAACACCCGAAGGGACUAAUAUGAACCAAUUCAAAGAGGACAUCCUCCUGGAGGUGAAGAAAGAGCUUCAUAAAGUGAAGGAGGAGAUUAUCACAGCAUUGAUUGAACACUUACAAGGAUCAGAAGUCUGAAGAGUUGCAAGAGAUGGAAGCAAUGAAUUCAAUGUUUGCCACAGGGUGUAUUUUGUCCAUUAUUCAGUAGCCUACAUGCUGCAUAGAGUUGUACGUUGACAAUAAAAAAGAUCUGAGAAAUGUUUGAGAACUUCCUUCAUACUUCCUGCAAAAAAUAUUGUAUAUGGAGUUCAAAUAAUUGCUAAUAAUAUCAGUAAAAACAUUCGAUAUUUUUUUGUUGCUGUGAAUGUGUCUGCGUGCGUGUGUCGUGUGUAUGUUUGGUUGUCUUUGUUUUGGUGUGUUAGGUUUAUUAGAUCAUAAGAAUUCCCAGAUGUUGAGAAAAUGUCUUUAAUAAAAAAACAGCAUCAUCAUUGUUGAGAAACAACUUGGGUUGGAUUUUAUGUAGGCCUACUUCAUGACCAAUGUUAUGUUUCAUUACCUUAACAUAACAUAAAACGUGUAAAAUGUAAUGUCUUCUUCGUGUUUAUUUUAAUGUCUGGUAUUUAUUCUUACUUUAACUUCUCAAUUUAGGGGAUUUAGCAGAUGCUUAUAUCCAAAGCGACUUGAAAUAAGUACUGUUUCUCUUUCUCUUUGUCGGUGAAAGAGAAACAAAAAUAUAUCGCUGUCGUACAGAAAGGAUGUUCAUAGAACAAGUGCCAAGCACUUACAAAGGUUAACACAUUCCCAGUAUGCAACAAAGACAGGUAUAUGCUACACGAUGCAAGUUCUAUUUUUAAGUGCCAGGACGUAGAAACAUACAAUAAGUGCAUAAGAGGGUAUUUUUAGAAGGGUAAUGGAGGAAAGUUAGGGAGGUGUGGGGUAAAGAGGGAGGCCACGCAGAGUCCAGGUACAAUCUGAACACGUGAAUCCUGAGCUGCUGAACGGCUCUCCAGUCCUGACCUCGGCAGGUAACUCGUUCCGCCUUUGCAGCGCCCAAACAGAGGAGAGGUGUGACUUUGUGCGUCCUUUUCUUACUUUAACGGACAUUCUAACAUUAUCAUU